UGAUCGUUAGUAAUGAAUAUGAAUAUUAAGCCUAUAAUAUACAUAGAAUCAUGACAAAAGUGUUAAUAUUUCCUUUGCAUGCUGACUGUCGAUGCUUCGAGCCGUCUCAGUUCUUAGAAUUAAUUUAUAAUUCCCGGCAUAUGUCACCAUGGUAACGAUCGAGCAGUUUUCAUGAUUGCAGCGUCCUAUUAAAUAAAAGCUCUCUGCGGACUAUGACCCUUGAACUUCAAGUUGUGCCUGCCGUCAGUGGAUUAGUCUGUAAUUCAUACGCCGUAUCAUAAUACAGGUACUGCACUGUCUCACUUGGCAUUUAGCUUUCAACUACAGUAUGUAUAGGUACCUGAACUGGGAACGAUACUAUAACAUGCCGGGCAUGCUAAGGAUAUGCAUAUACAGUGGUCUGGUGUCUUUGGUGAUAUAUAUAGCAUUGAUGUGGAAACCCAUAUUACAACGCAGAGUACCAGUAGUUCAAUACGAGAGAUCCGCGGACUGUAAUACCCAAAACAAUAAACUUGUUCAUGUGUUCGUCGAUGAAAAUACAACAGAAUACCUACCUACGACUGAUCCAACUCCGCCUGUAAUCGAUGGUUACUUGUCAGUUGAGGACAAGCCUCUUCGUUUACACUGUGAGCAAUGUGCUAUAGUUGCUAGCUCAGGGCGGUUAUUAAAUAAAGGAGCAGGAUUUGAUAUAGACCAAGGUGUAUGCGUAAUUCGAAUGAAUACAGCGCCCACAAAAGGAUUUGAAGAAGACGUUGGCACUAGAACAACUAUUCGUGUUAUUGGACACAGUAACCUUUACAAUGUUAUAAACAAAGACCAAAAGUUACAAAAUAUGUUGUUUAGUGAUGAACGAACGCGGACGGAAAUGGUUAUUGUGUCGUGGCUUUUUUAUGAUGAUUUUAAAAAAGAAAAAGACGAAGCUUUUCGAGUAACUAAGAAUUAUUCAAAGGUUUAUUCAAAUGUUUCUUUCUAUUAUACAACGCCUGCUAAAGUGAAACUAGCUGAAAACAUCUUUAUGGAAGAAACAGGAAUUUCUAGAGAGGCGGCACGGACGUGGUUGUCUACGGGAUGGAUGACCAUGUUAUUUGCAAUAGAUAUAUGUGACUGGAUUGAUGUAUACGGUCUGGUUCCCGAUGAUUAUUGCAGUAAUCAUCCGAACGACAGAACACCAUAUCAUUACUAUGCUGAUUCAAAGCAAGAGUGUUCAUACUAUUAUAAAAGCGAAAAGAGAACUUUGUCUGGCCAUAAAUUCUUAACAGAAAGGGCGAUUGUUGCUCGAUGGGCGAAGAAAUUUAAUAUAAUGUUCCAUUAUCCAUCGUGGGAACCAGUAAUUACGAAUGUUACUCAUGUUGCGACACCGUUUAUAAAACUGUACAAUGAAGCUAAAAGAAGCAGAAAACUUCGGAGACUGACAUUAGCCAAAAUGCAAAGGCAGCAAUUAGCCGCCUUACGUAGUCAGGAUAUGUUUGCUCUGGUUGAUUUCGUUAAGAAUAAUCGCUGACUUAUUAACCAUCAUCUUGCCGACCGCUUCUAAGCUGAGCCGAUUUUCGUUUAGCUGUUUUCCUAUCUAUUAUCUUUUUUCCCCUUGUCAUCAACAUACAUUUUUGUUCUGACUAAUUCUUAAGGUCUGGUCUUCUGGACCUUCGUUCAGUUACAUUUGCCUCGGUUGUAGGUUUAUCAAUUUCAGCUUCAGACCUGUAAUUUUUUAAUGGCAUGCUUCCUUUCGUUACUACAACGGCAUCAUCGUUGUAUUUUCCUGAACAUUUAACUGAGCCUUCCGGUUUUCCACUAAUAUUCCAUUUCAAACGCUGCAUCAUCAUUUAUUGAUUUAAUAUUCUGUAGGGCCUAUAAUUACCUUCUGGAUCCUGAAAUGACUUCGCUAACCUUAUAAAUUCAUCUACUUGCCCUUACCUUCUGUCAUCGGAUUGUAGGCCUACUCGUGCCUCGUCAGCGCAGUUUUCAGUUUAGAAUUAUUGAGCUCCCUAUCAGCCAUCAUUCCUAUCCGUUAUAUUUUUCUCAGUCGUAAAUAACCAAGCAAGUUUUCGUGAGAUCCCCUGGUUAGCAGGUACGAAUCGAAGUUUGAUGACCGUCGUACCCAACAAACUCACAACAAAUUUCAGAAUCCUACAUAUUGUAAAUUGAACUUAAAUUCAGUUAUUUAUUCGAUCUGUAAAUAUAUACAAUACAUGAAAUCCAGUUAUACUUAGCCUAGGCCUGUACAAUGAUUUCGUAAUUUAACAUUCUAAUGUGUAUAGAGGCAUUGUACCGUACGCUGUCUCGGCAAUGGUAAAGAAGUUUAUGGUUGGCAACAGCUAGGGAUACUCACCAUUACCGGGAUGCAUUAUUUUUUUCCCAUACAGUUAAGGCAGAAAUAAUAGAGGGCGCUAUUUUAGGUCAGUUAGGUGAACUGGUACACAUGAAUAUGCAAGCUAGACUUUCCCCUCGCGAAACAGAGUUCAGUGUGGUGUAUCGAGUGUAAGCUGCAGUGCUUAUGUGUGGAUGAACGCUACGGAGUAGCCUAACAUCUCUUCAAUAGGCCUUAGUAGUCAAGACAGUAUGAAAUUUUAAUAGAUUAUAAUUGUAAUAAUAACCCUAUGACUAGGCACAGUUUAUGUACAGCAUGGUCUUUGGAAUAUAAUAAAAGCACAGUACUAUAAUUGAAUCUGGCUAUUUCAGUAGGUCUACUGUAUAGCAUAUAGGCCUAGAUAUGACAUGUGUUGUAGCAAUACCCCUGUAAUAGUACUGAAUGAGAAGGAUAAACGUUUAUAAAUGCUCGGAGACAAAUUACGAUUACUUCGGACACAGUUUUUUACAAUUAAAAAUCGUAAUGAGAAAAAAAAGAAAAUCCCAUUCAGACCUGUAUCAUAUAACAGACAGUGAGCGUAUUUUCUGUAUUCUUUUGCAUGAAUCAUUGGCUGGAUAUUUGUAGGAUCGUCUGUAAAUCAGUGAAAGUUAUUUUUUAUUUUCAUCUUAUUUUAAUCGUUUUAAAUAAGCUAUUAUUAUUAUUAUUAUUUUAAUUGGGUAGACAGCCAUUAUUAAACAGUACGUUAUAUCAUGUGUAUAGAAUUUCGUCGGAUUUGGUAAAGUUAAUAUUCAAAUAUAUUUGCUUGCUACAUAAAUAUAUGCCUAUUACCUUUAUUUAUAUUGAAUAUGAAGGAAAUGUUUGUGAGAAAUCAUCAUCAAAACAAUACAUAAAAAUGUCUUAAAACCUGUGUCCGAGCAUUUCUAAAUGCUUUUAUAUCCUUAAGAAUCAAUAGUACUAUAUACAUUUAGUAUGUAUGCUAUACUAUUAACAUUACUAUUCAAAAAGCGACCGGAUUUAAAGCGGCUUUUUAUACUCCAAAGACAUAUGCUGUCAGUAAACAGUGGUGUAGAGAUAUUUUAAUUACAAUAUUAAUAGUCCGAUAAAUUUCACUAUGUCGACUACACUGUCUCGACGACUACCAAGAGAUGUUGGCCUACUCUUCCACUGUUACGCCGUAGCUUUACAUUUUUAUCAAUUCACCUAAAUGACCUUAAAUAGUGCCCUCUUUAAUUUCUGCCUUAACUGUAUUGGAAAAAAAACAUAAUCAUACCGGCAUAGCGUACGGUGACAGUAUUCCUCAUAAAUUAAACUAAUAAAUAUUAUGCUUACUUCUUGGCAUGCAGCAACUAUACAAAAAGAAAAAUUAUGUACGGUAACUCAACCAGCUAAACUAUGUCUCCAUCUGUAACAGGUAACAGUGUCUUCUGUUCAAACGUUUAUACAAGCAAUGAACUGAACAGUGUUUAUCUAUACACUAGAGGAAAUUCUUAUAUUUACCAUAUUAAAUGCUUGCGGUACACCACGUA